AUGUCCAAAUUGCAACUCCAGUGGUCCAACGAGACCGAUUCCCAGUCGGCUUGGCUAAGCCGGCUGGACGGUCAUAUUCCAGGCGGCGAGCAGGGCCGGAAUGUCCUGCUCGCGAUCUUUUCGCUAUACCUCGCCUAUCAAAUCUUUUGGGCGAGCUCCCACGAUCCUCGCGAGCCAAAGCUCAUCAAGUCCCGGAUACCGAUUCUUGGACAUAUUGUUGGCAUCUACAAACAUGGCUCUCGCCACUUUACAUGGAUUGCUCAAAAGACGGGCCUUCCCAUCUAUUUGCUCCCCAUGAUUGGGGGUGGUAGGAUCGCCAUCGCCAACACACCAGAGGUUUUGAGUGCCAUCGACAAGAAUCCCACCGCCGUUGCCUUCAUUCCUCUGGCUGCCCUUGUCAUCAAGAAGCUCUCUGGCCUUUCUGCCGAGGGUAACAGAAUUCUCUGCGGCAAGACUGCCGGGCCUGACAAGCAUGAGGGGUACAUGCACAUCUUGUCGAAGGGCGUCCACAGCACCCUGGCCCCCGGCCGUUCCCUCGAUGCUGUCACCAGCAUCGUAGCAUACGACCUGAACGACUCGAUACAGGAGCUUCACGGCAAGACGACGCGCAUGAACGUCCUCCAUUGGUUCCGCCACGCUUUUGGAAUCUCGUCCACCGACGGCAUCUAUGGUCCGGGGAACCCCUUCAAGGACCCCAAGGUGGAGGCCGGCUUCUGGGCGUUUGACGACUCCAUCAGUGACCUUCUUAUCAGUCCCAUCACUAGGCUGACCUGCCCCUUCGGACACAAGGGCCGCGCCGACGCGUGGGCAGGGUUCGAGAAGUACUUUGCGAACGGGGAUCACGAACAGGGAUCCGACCUCACCAAGGCGCGAUACAAGACGGCCGCCGACCUGGGCAUGAACAACCUGGACAUCGCCAAGCUCGAGGUGACCAUGAUCAUCGGCAUCCUCACCAACACCGUGCCCACCAUCUUCUGGGCCGUCUACUACGUCUACCGCGACCCUUCUUUGCUGGAGAAGCUGCGUCAAGAGAUCGCCGCCGUCGCCAUCCGCGGCACGGACGAGAAGACGGGCGCCCCGGCGUGGACGCUCCCGACCAGCGCGCUCAAGGAGAAGUGUCCGCUCCUGACGGCCGUCAUCAACGAGACGCUGCGGCACCGCACCUGCGGCAUCUCGAGCCGCAUGGUCACCGAGGACUGCGUCCUCAACAACAAGUACCUCCUCAAGAAGGGCACCGUGUGCGAGCUGCCCAACAACGUGCUGCACUCGAAUGAGGCGUACUGGGGCCCGACCGUCAACGAGUUCGACCCGACGCGCUUCCUCAAGGACGCCUCCUCCAAGGAGGCGCGCAUGGCCCGCGGCGCGUUCCGCCCUUUUGGCGGCGGCGUGUCCAGAUGCGCCGGCCAGUACCAGGCCAUGUCCCAGAUGAUUGGCGGGUUGGCGCUGCUGAUCAUGAGCAACGACUGCGCCCCGGCCGACGGGGCCGAGUGGAAGUUCCCCGGCGCCCACGGUCACACCAUCGCCGCCGCCGUCGACCUGCCCUCGUCGGAUCUGUGGCUCGACGUCUCGUCGAGGAAGGGGUACGAGGACCAGACCUGGAAGCUGGACCCAAAGCUAUAG